AUGACUGCACUUUAUCAAGUUGAUAUGACAGUCACCAAGUUUUUAAAUAUGACUGCACUUUAUCAAGUUGAUAUGACACAGUCACCAAUCUCCACCCACUUAUCCACCAGUCUCCACCCACUUAUCCCAUCCACCAGUCUCCACCCACUUAUCCAUCAGUCUCCACCCACUUAUCCACCAGUCUCCACCCACUUAUCCCAUCCACCAGUCUCCACCCACUUAUCCAUCAGUCUCCACCCACUUAUCCACCAGUCUCCACCCACUUAUCCCAUCCACCAGUCUCCACCCACUUAUCCCAUCUACCAGUCUCCACCCACUUAUCCACCAGUCUCCACCCACUUAUCCACCAGUCUCCACCCACUUAUCCCAUCCACCCCUCUCCACCCACUUAUCCCAUCCACCAGUCUCCACCCACUUAUCCCAUCCACUAGUCUCCACCCACUUAUCCCAUCCACUAGUCUCCACCCACUUAUCCCAUCCACCAGUCUCCACCCACUUAUCCCAUCCACCAGUCUCCACCCACUUAUCCCAUCCACCAGUCUCCACCCACUUAUCCCAUCCACCAGUCUCCACCCACUUAUCCCAUCCACCAGUCUCCACCCACUUAUCCCAUCCACCAGUCUCCACCCACUUAUCCCAUCCACCAGUCUCCACCCACUUAUCCCAUCCACCAGUCUCCACCCACUUAUACACCAGUCUCCACCCACUUAUCCACCAGUCUCCACCCACUUAUCCCAUCCACCAGUCUCCACCCACUUAUCCCAUCCACCAGUCUCCACCCACUUAUACACCAGUCUCCACCCACUUAUCCACCAGUCUCCACCCACUUAUCCCAUCCACCAGUCUCCACCCACUUAUCCCAUCCACCAGUCUCCACCCGCUUAUCCACCAGUCUCCACCCACUUAUCCACCAGUCUCCACCCGCUUAUCCACCAGUCUCCACCCACUUAUCCACCAGUCUCCACCCACUUAUCCACCAGUCUCCACCCACUUAUCCUCCAGUCUCCACCAGCUAAUCCACCAGUCUCCACCCACUUAUCCACCAGUCUCCACCCACUUAUCCACCAGUCUCCACCCACUUAUCCACCAGUCUCCACCCACUUAUCCACCAGUCUCCACCCACUUAUCCUCCAGUCUCCACCAGCUAAUCCACCAGUCUCCACCCACUUAUCCACCAGUCUCCACCCACUUAUCCACCAGUCUCCACCCACUUAUCCACCAGUCUCCACCCACUUAUCCACCAGUCUCCACCCACUUAUCCACCAGUCUCCACCAGCUAAUCCACCAGUCUCCACCCACUUAUCCCAUCCACCAGUCUCCACCCACUUAUCCACCAGUCUCCACCCACUUAUCCCAUCCACCAGUCUCCACCCACUUAUCCCAUCCACCAGUCUCCACCCACUUAUCCCAUCCACCAGUCUCCACCCACUUAUCCCAUCCACCAGUCUCCACCCACUUAUCCCAUCCACCAGUCUCCACCCACUUAUCCCAUCCACCAGUCUCCACCCACUUAUACACCAGUCUCCACCCACUUAUCCACCAGUCUCCACCCACUUAUCCCAUCCACCAGUCUCCACCCACUUAUCCCAUCCACCAGUCUCCACCCACUUAUACACCAGUCUCCACCCACUUAUCCACCAGUCUCCACCCACUUAUCCCAUCCACCAGUCUCCACCCACUUAUCCCAUCCACCAGUCUCCACCCGCUUAUCCACCAGUCUCCACCCACUUAUCCACCAGUCUCCACCCGCUUAUCCACCAGUCUCCACCCACUUAUCCACCAGUCUCCACCCACUUAUCCACCAGUCUCCACCCACUUAUCCUCCAGUCUCCACCAGCUAAUCCACCAGUCUCCAUCCACUUAUCCACCAGUCUCCACCCACUUAUCCACCAGUCUCCACCCACUUAUCCACCAGUCUCCACCCACUUAUCCACCAGUCUCCACCCACUUAUCCUCCAGUCUCCACCAGCUAAUCCACCAGUCUCCACCCACUUAUCCACCAGUCUCCACCCACUUAUCCACCAGUCUCCAUCCACUUAUCCACCAGUCUCCACCCACUUAUCCACCAGUCUCCACCCACUUAUCCACCAGUCUCCACCAGCUAAUCCACCAGUCUCCACCCACUUAUCCCAUCCACCAGUCUCCACCCACUUAUCCACCAGUCUCCACCCACUUAUCCCAUCCACCAGUCUCCACCCACUUAUCCCAUCCACCAGUCUCCACCCACUUAUCCACCAGUCUCCACCCACUUAUCCACCAGUCUCCACCCACUUAUCCCAUCCACCCCUCUCCACCCACUUAUCCCAUCCACCCCUCUCCACCCACUUAUCCCAUCCACCCCUCUCCACCCACUUAUCCCCUCCACCCACUUAUCCCCUCCACCGACUUAUCCCCUCCCCCCACUUAUCCUCUAUACCAGACUCUGUCACCUCUCUCUGCUUCUAUUACCACAUCCGUCUGUCGUUUUCUAUAACCAGAGUCCAAAUUAAACCAAAUUAG